CCUUCGCCACCCGCCGUCGCGCCGAGCCUCCUGCGCCGCGAGCCCCUGGGGCCGCCGACCCCCACCGGAGACGCAAGAUGGCCGCGGCCGCGUGACUGGGUGACUGAGCCUUCCCGAGGCUUCGCUACGAGGACUCGUCGGCCGGCCGACUGCCUUGGGGGCAGCGAAAGGACUACGGCGGGACUCUGGUGCCGUUUGUUAAUUGUGGUUGCGUGCAGCUUGCCUCCCUCGGGCAUAUUUGGGGGUGUCUGCUGUUGUCCUCAGCCCUAGAGCACAGGGAGCCAGCUAAUCCGUAUUCGUAGAGUUGGGCCCGUGAUAGUUGGGAAAAUGGCGAUGACCCUGUUGGAAGACUGGUGCAGGGGGAUGGAUGUGAACUCCCAGAGAGCCCUGCUGGUCUGGGGGAUCCCAGUGAACUGUGAUGAGGCUGAAAUCGAAGACACCCUCCAGGCUGCGAUGCCCCAGGUGCCCUAUCGAGUGCUUGGGAGGAUGUUCUGGAGGGAAGAGAACGCGAAAGCAGCCUUGUUAGAGCUCACUGGCGCCGUGGAUUACGCGGCCAUCCCCAGGGAGAUGUCGGGAAAAGGGGGGGUCUGGAAAGUGGUCUUUAAGCCACCGACAUCCGAUGCUGAAUUUUUAGAAAGGCUGCACCUUUUCCUAGCGAGAGAGGGGUGGACCGUGCAAGAUGUUGCCCGGGUCCUUGGGUUUCAGAACCCCGCUCCGCCCCCGGGCUCAGAUAUGCCAGCAGAGAUGCUAAACUAUAUUUUGGAUAAUGUUAUUCAGCCUCUUGUUGAGUCCAUAUGGUACAAGAAGCUGACGCUGUUCUCGGGGAAGGACAUCCCGGGGCCCGGGGAGGAGACCUUUGAUUCCUGGCUGGAGCACACUAAUGAGGUCAUAGAGGAGUGGCAGGUGUCUGAUAUAGAAAAGAGGCGGCGGCUGAUGGAGAGUCUUAGAGGCCCCGCCGCUGAUGUCAUCCGCAUCCUCAAGACUAACAACCCCGCCAUAACUACGGCCGAAUGCCUGAAGGCACUGGAGCAGGUGUUCGGGAGCGUCGAGAGUUCUAGGGACGCGCAGGUCAGAUUUCUGAACACUUACCAGAAUCCGGGAGAAAAGUUAUCGGCUUAUGUCAUUCGUCUGGAGCCUCUGCUGCAGAAGGUGGUGGAGAAGGGGGCCAUAGAUAAAGAUAACGUGAACCAGGCCCGCCUGGAGCAGGUCAUUGCCGGAGCCAACCACAGUGGGGCCAUUCGAAGGCAGCUGUGGCUGACCGGGGCUGCGGAAGGGCCGGCCCCCAACCUCUUUCAGUUGCUGGUGCGAAUCCGGGAGGAGGAGGCCAAGGAGGAGGAGGAGGAGGCCGAGGCUGCGCUCCUGCAGUUGGGCCUGGAGGGGCACUUCUGAGCCCGGGAAGUGGAGCUGCAGUGCAGACCUAGAUAACAGCUUUGUCUCUGUGCUGUCCUAUAGGUGUCUCUUAGUGAAGUCUUGUUUUCUGGGGGGGAAGCCAGGCCUGCAUAUUCAUGGAGCAGUGAAACCCAGCACCCUGAGCCGUGCGAGUGAGCCAUGCCAGCGUGCUAAAAUGCCAGGUAAAGGCUUGGACACGGGUGCUCAGUGCAAGCUGUGAUCAUGGCGUCACCACCACUUGUGAAAAACGUGAACUUGUGACACUUCUCAUCGAGGUCCUUAAAUGUGAAAUUGCACGUUCGGAUGUUUAUUUCAGAGCCUGGCUAACACCAGAAAUGUUCAGUAAAAAUGUCAACUGUUAAUACUAAUGAUGUGAAUAGUUUUUGUGUUUACUGUAAAUGGUUCCUUAUUUAUAUUAAUGGGAAGAAAUGUGAAUUCGACAUUCUUAGUGAUUCAGCUUUACAGUGCUAAUUUCUUGGUUUUCAUCUCUAAACAUCGGGAUCAAUUUAAUUGAAAAGUAUCCUGAGACUACAAAAUAGGGUGUUAGAAAAAUACUACAAUUAGAGAGCUGUGUAAAUUAGAAUUUUUCACUGUAUAAGAUACAGAUAUAAAUCGCAUGGGGAGGUUAAUAUGAACCAGUUACAGUAUCCAUUCCCCCGUUUCAAAUCUUUAUCAUUGAAUAAUAGUUCUCUUUACUCGUGCUGGUUCUAAGUGUUCUAAAUUUGAAGUUAUCAAAUACAUGUAUACAAAUAAAAUAUUUUAAAAAAU